CGGGGGAGAUGCACUGGAUGAUUCAAGAGGUGCUUUUCCAUCUUCUCGGGGGAUGUGGGGGGGGGUGAGAUGUUUUCGUUCCUCGCUGGGGUCGCUUUAAGCUGCUCCUGCAGGAGCAGUCCCCGGAAAAAGGGAGAGAGAUCUGCUCCAGGCAGCUGGUUUACGCGGUGACUGCGAUGCUGAUCAUCAACGCCUGAAGAUUGCAAGCAGGGUCCUCCCAGGCAGCGGGAGGUGGGGCGCGCAGCUCCUGUCGCCUAUAAGGAGCUGCCUAGCGCCUGGUUUGCCGAGUCUGAGUGUGAGCUUCGAAGGUGAAUUUCAGUGGUAGAUUUGCACGGGUCCGCCGUUUGCCUGGACCUGCCCCUUUAAGACGAUUGCUGUAGGAGUGUCUCUCUCGCUACAGCUUCAUCUGGAGUGUCUGGAUGGUGGAUGAAGUCAAUGAGCAAAGGGAAGGGGAGCAAACCCAGAGGAGAGCCCGGCUGGCAGUCUGAAAUUGGGGAUUAGGGAGCCAGACGCCUGCUCGCCCUGUGCAGACAAUGGAUUCUGCUCCCAAACUCUCCACUCGUUUGAUUUUGCUGCUCUCCAGUCUGUGGCAUCUGGGAUUAACAGCAACAAAUUAUAAUUGCGAUGAUGCACUAGUAUCCUCAUUGCCUCUGACCGCCUUUGACAGCUCCUCAGAGCUCUUCAGCGUUCACAAUCCCAGCUUCGCCAAGCUCAACAGACGGGAUGGAGCUGGUGGUUGGUCCCCAUUGGAAUCGAAUCCGAAACAAUGGCUUCAGAUUGAUCUGGGAGACAGAGCUGAGAUUACAGCAGUCGCCACCCAAGGCAGGUACGGAAGCUCUGACUGGAUAACAAGCUACAUUCUAAUGUUCAGCGAUACAGGACGCAACUGGAAGCAGUACAGACAAGAAGACGGGAUCUGGGUCUUCACAGGGAACACUAAUGCAGACAGUGUGGUACAUCACAAACUUCUGCACUCCGUGAAAACCCGCUUCCUGCGCUUCGUCCCUCUGAAAUGGAAUCCCAGUGGAAGAAUAGGCCUGAGAGUUGAGGUCUAUGGUUGCUCAUACAAAUCGGACAUAGCAGAUUUCGAUGGCAGAAGUUCCCUCCUGUACAGAUUCAAUCAGAAAAUGAUGAGCACCUUCAAAGACGUGGUUUCCCUAAAGUUCAAGAGCAUGCAGGGGGAUGGAGUCUUAUUCCACGGAGAGGGACAGCGCGGAGACUACAUUACACUGGAGCUGCAGAAAGGGAAACUCUCCUUGCACAUUAACCUGGGAGAUGCCAAGCUGCGUUUCAGCACCAGCCACACAUCAGUCACCCUGGGCAGCCUCCUGGAUGAUCAGCAUUGGCACUCGGUUCUCAUCGAACGCUUCAACAAGCAAGUGAACUUCACGGUGGACAAGCACACUCAGCAUUUCCGAACCAAGGGGGAUUCAGAUCACCUGGACAUUGAUUAUGAGCUCAGUUUCGGGGGGAUCCCAGUCCCAGGAAAGCCAGGAACCUUUCUGAAGAAAAAUUUCCUUGGAUGCAUCGAGAACCUUUAUUACAAUGGAGUCAAUAUAAUUGACCUGGCAAAAAGGCGUAAACCUCAGAUCUACACUGUGGGCAACGUGACUUUUUCCUGCUCAGAACCACCAAUUGUUCCCAUCACCUUUGUCAGCUCCAGCAGCAGCUAUUUGCUUUUACCUGGCACCCCCCAGAUUGAUGGGCUGUCAGUCAGCUUCCAGUUUCGAACGUGGAACAAAGACGGGCUGCUUCUGUCCACGGAGCUGUCUGAAGAUUCCGGAGUUCUCCUGCUUUACCUUCACAUUGGCAGGUUGACACUUGUCAUACAGAAAGUGGCAGAAAACUCCAUGGAGAUCAGUGCAGGCAGCAAUCUCCAUGAUGGGCUCUGGCAUUCAGUUAACAUAAACGCCAGAAGGCAUCGCAUCACCCUGACUCUGGAUAACGACGUCGCCGCAGCUGCUCACGCAACCACCCUCUCGCAGAUCUAUUCUGGGAACAGCUACUAUUUCGGAGGGUGCCCUGACAAUUUCACCGAGUCCCAAUGUUUAAAUCCCAUUACUGCUUUUCAAGGCUGCAUGAGGCUCAUCUUUAUUGAUAACCAGCCCAAGGACCUCAUUUUAGUUCAGCAAGGUUCCCUGGGGAAUUUUAGUGAUUUACACAUUGAUCUGUGUGACAUCAAAGACAGAUGUUUGCCCAACUACUGUGAACAUGGAGGAAAAUGCUCCCAGUCCUGGACCACCUUUUACUGUGAUUGUAGCGAAAUGGGUUACAUGGGAGCAACCUGCCAUAACUCCAUCUAUGAACAGUCGUGUGAAGCCUAUCGUCACAAAGGGAAGACGUCUGGUUUCUUCCAUAUUGAUUCCGAUGGAAGUGGACCGCUUGGACCGUUCCAGGUUUACUGCAAUAUCACGGAAGAUAAGAUCUGGACUGCGGUACAGCACAACAACACAGAGCUAACCAGAGUCCAAGGGGCUGACCCUGAGAAACCAUAUGCCAUGUACUUUAACUACAGCAGCAGUCUGGACCAGAUUGAGGCCAUGAUAAACAGCGCAGAGUACUGUGAACAGGAGGUGGCUUACCACUGCAAAAAGUCCCGUCUGCUGAACACCCCGAAUGGAAUGCCGUAUGUUUGGUGGGUUGGCCGUGCCAAUGAAAAGCAUCCUUACUGGGGAGGAUCUCUUCCUGGGGUUCAGCAAUGUGCCUGUGGACUGGAAGAAAGUUGUCUGGAUAUGAGAUAUUUCUGCAACUGUGAUGCCGAUAAAGAAGAAUGGACACAUGAUACUGGCCUUCUUUCCUUCAAAGACCAUUUGCCUGUAACUCAACUCGUGAUCACUGACACAAACAGGUCAAACUCGGAGGCUGCUUGGAGAAUCGGCCCCUUGCGUUGCCAUGGAGACAGACAGUUCUGGAACGCAGCUUCCUUCAACACAGAGGCCUCCUAUCUUCACUUCCCCACCUUCCAUGCAGAGUUCAGCGCAGACAUUUCCUUUUUCUUCAAAACCACGGCUGUGUCUGGGGUCUUCCUGGAAAACCUUGGGAUUAAGGACUUCAUCCGCAUCGAAAUAAGCUCCCCCAAGGAGAUCACCUUCUCCAUAGAUGUUGGAAACGGGCCUAUGGAAGCUACGGUGCAGUCUCCCACCUCUCUGAACAACAACCAAUGGCACUUCGUCCGAGCUGAGAGGAACCUCAAGCAAACAUCUCUUCAAGUGGAUAACCUUCCUAAAAAGAUUCUGGAGGCACCUGCCGAGGGGCAUUUUCGUUUGCAGCUUAACAGUCAAUUCUUUGUAGGGGGAACAGCUUCCAGACAGAAAGGUUUCCUGGGAUGCAUCCGCUCUUUACAUUUAAAUGGGCAGAAACUGGACCUGGAAGAGAGGGCUAAAAUGACCCCUGGAGUCAAGCCUGGCUGCCCGGGACACUGUAGCAGUUAUGGUAAUCUCUGUCACAACGGAGGCAAAUGCGUGGAGAAAUACAACGGUUAUUUCUGUGACUGCACCAGCUCUCCCUACGAAGGGCCCUUCUGCAAGGAAGAGGUUUCUGCAGUGUUUGAAGCUGGCACCUCAGUUACCUAUAUUUUCCAAGAGCCUUAUCCAGUGACAAAAAAUGCAAGCACUUCAUCCUCUGGCAUUUAUGCAGACGCCAUCAUGUCCAAGGAAAACAUUGCAUUUAGCUUCCUGACAGCACGUGCUCCAAGCCUCCUGCUCUACAUCGACACCUACUUUCAUGACUCUUUGGCUGUGAUUCUCUCCAAAAAUGGAAGCUUACAAGUCCGAUACAAGUUGAGUAAGGAUGGCUUCCUCGUUUUCACCAUUGACUCUGGAAACCUUGCCAACCGGGAAUUACACCAUGUGAAGAUCAACAGAGAAGGAAAAGAACUCAUCAUUCAGGUUGAUCAAGUUCUCAAACUCAAGCACAACCUCUCGGAGAUUGACUUCAAGGCCAUCAAAUCGCUCACCUUGGGCAAGGUCGCAGAUAGUCUGGGGCUAGAUUCUGAGGUCUUGAAGGCGAACUCGCAUGGCUUUAUGGGAUGCCUGUCCUCUGUCCAGUACAAUCACAUAGCUCCAUUGAAGGCCGCCUUACGACAUCCCAGCAUAGCCCCCGUGACUGUCAAAGGCUCCUUGACUGAAUCGAGUUGUGGAUACAUAGCAGAAGCUGAUGUGAACACCAUCACCACAGUAUAUUCCUCAUCAGAUCCCUUUGGGAAGUCGGAUGAGCGGGAGCCCCUCACCAAUGCAAUCAGAAGCGAUUCAGCUGUUAUUGGAGGUGUAAUAGCAGUCGUAAUAUUCAUCAUCUUUUGCAUCGUGGCCAUCAUGAGCAGAUUCCUCUACCAGCACAAACAGACACAUCGAAGUAGCCAGGCGAAGGAGAAAGAAUAUGCAGAAAACCUCGACAGUUCCUUUAAAACUGACAUUGACUUGCAGAACACAGUGAGUGAGUGCAAACGGGAAUAUUUCAUCUGAUGGAUUGUGUGGUUCCUUCUUACUCUCUUCCCCACACCUGGCCUUUUUUUCUUUUCUUACCCAUUAAUUUAUUUGCCAGCUUUUAAACCUUUUGGAAGGAGACUGCCCUGCACAGGAGAGACUGGCAGACACUUCAAUGCCUCAUUCCCUUCACAAAAACCUGCCACAGUUACAUCGGCAUCUCAAGAGACCUGCUAUUCUACUCUGGACAGAAUAAGUUCACGGACUUGCAUGGUUACCUAUUAAGUUUCUGGAUUUCUCAAGUCUUAUGUUGUUUUCUGGAACCAUUUAACUCACCACUUUGUAUCUGAUCUGAGCUAUAUAAACUAGAGGUAAAGUACUGUAGCUAAAUAAGUAGCAUCACAGCUUUUCGGACAGGGUAGCAGGAAAGAAUAAGACCAAAAUGCCUGAUUUAUUAUAAGAUGCAUUUAAACCAAUCAUAAAGUAGCAGCUAGGUCCUCAGUUGAUGUAAUUUGCCAUCAAACCGUUGACUUCAAUGGAAUUACACCAGUUUUCACCAGCUGGGAAUCUGGCAAGAAGUUACAAUUAUUAUUUUCUUUCUCUCCUUAAGCUCCUUCCCCCAUCCUUUUACUGUAACUUUUAGGCUUACAAAUGUUUUUAAAAAAUACAGGAAUACUGAUAACAGCAUUGGACAAAAUUCAUUCCAGUGCACCUUGUAUACCUCCGUCUCAUAAGUAUGACUAUUUAGAACCAACGUACUCUAGCAUAAUUCUAGAUGAAGCAUGGAAGAUAGUACUUAAAGGGUUUUAGGAGGCUUCUAGGACUUAGGUGCUCUAUAAAUUUCUCUGAUGACUUGUCUGAAACAUUAGAAGUGCAGCAUACACACGCUAACAUCAUAUAGAGAAUGAUCUUGUGCUGAGGUCAAACACUUAAGCGACUGUGGCAAAAAACAAACAAAAGAAGAAGACAAACCAACCCCACCCAAACCAUGAGAUCUAAAUUCUGCUGAUUCAUAUAAAAAAGCCAAAAUUGUUAUUAAAUUGCUUUUAAAAAACUGCAUGAAUGAAGCGAUGGUGCUUCCUGUUUGUAGAAACCAGGAUGUUUCCCCUCAAAGAUAAGGAAAAGGUGGCUUUUAAAAAUCUGCGCCAGACAAACUGGAUGAGGUUAAUAUCUUUUGUGGACGAACUUCUGUUGGUGAAAGAGACGAGCUUCUGAGCGUACACAGUGCUCUUCUUCAGUCUAAGCUCGAAAGCUUGUCUCUCUCGCCAACAGAAAUUGAUAAAAGAUAUUACCUCACCCACCUUGUCUGAUAUCCUGGGACUCAUAUGGCUAUGAUAACACUUAGUCAAAUUCAUUCACAAGGAGAAAAUUGUAAAGGAGCAUGUACUAAGUUCUGGAUUUGUAAAUUUCUUUUCUCCCUUUCUCCAAUGGUUUUCUGUUCUCUCCUGUUUGGGGACACUGGGUAGCGGAAGUAGAAGGGACUCUAAUCUGCCUCCUCUAUUCUUUCUGACGGAUCACUGAACGUGGAAUCAAAUUUCUCUUUCACUCAAAAAAUAGUGCGGGGGGGAGGGGGAGCUUGAGCCCCGCGUGAGCUUGCAUGAUGGUCCCAUCCCAGAUGCUAGAUACAGGGCCCGUCCUGGGAGCUUAACAGUCUAAGGAUCUGAUCCAAUGCCCAAGAGAAAAGGGGAGUCUUCCCAUUGAUUUCAGGGGGCUUUGAUUCAAUCAGCCGUACAUUAGGACCCCUGGACUCAUAUGGAGUCCCCAAGGCAUUUCCACAUGGUCACAAGGGUUUGCACUACCAGAUCUUGCUGCAGCAAAGGGACCAAUAACAAACAAUAGGAAGCACGGCAGCUGCACAAAGCCCCAGAUGGCCAGGGCUGUAUAGCGGGGUGGGGAGAGGGGGCUGUGGAGGGGGUUAAAUAAUUGUAGGGAGCUUGGAUUAAUGGUUGCAGAUGGUGGCUGAUAGGCCGCAGGGAAGUAGAUGUUGAGAAGGAAUAUGAGACAGUCUUGGUUUGCUAUUCAGCACGCUCACUGAGUUACACUACAGUCAUCUUUGGGCUCUUGACCGUCUUUGGGGGUGAGUGAGAUAAGUAAAAGCUAGGCUAAUACAACGAUCGUCAGGCCAACCGAUCUGCUUUACAAGGCAAGCUUAAACUUAAAGGAAGGAUGGUGCUGCUUCUCCCAGCUCCUGCCAGCCAGCAGCCACCGCGUCUUGUGCCAGCGGCUUGUAUAACAUUUGGUUAUGAGAGCCUUUGCAUGCCAUGACGGACUCAUUAGCAGGAAGAUAGUGAAAGAUGCAGAAAGGAAUGCACCUAAGGAAAUUCUCAGCAAAGAGUUUCUUCCAUAGAUAAAGCUGCUCUGCUUUGCAUGUUACAGGUGGACGGGGGCACAAGCAUACAUAGGAACAAAUGUUCAUCUCCCUUUCUAUGGACUCCAGGUUUUUCUUCAUUAUUUUCAGCAUGGUUUUGUCCAAGUUAUCUCAUUUUGAAUGCUCUCACUGAGAAGGAGCUAUUAAUUCCCCCAAACAUGUAUUGCCUUUAGGAAGAAGAGAUGGGGAAUCAAAAUCCACAUUGUAUUCUGAUCUCCCGCCCCCCAUUACUGUGCCAUGUAUUUUUCCCUGGUCAACAUGGCAGAUUAUAAAUAAUCUUUGUGCUUUGCUACAUAUUCUUCUUUUCUUUAUAUAAAAAGUCACAGUAAGAUAGAGUGAUCUAGUCCCAAGCAAGUACAGUAAUUAAAUGGAUAGAAUAGGGAAGGGAUGAGCAAUCAAAUAGAAUCCCCUCAUUAUUUAAGUCCCUGAGAGGACAAGAUUGCUUCAUGUAGUCCUAGAGUCUGAGCCUGCAAGGUGCCAAGCAUUCUCAAGUUGUAGGGAUGGCCCUAGUCAGGGCUUUGGAUCCAGCCCAUGAGAUUGCCCCCGUGGCCUCGCGCUGCUCUCAGAAGCGGCAGGCACCACUUCCCUGGGGCCCUCUUGGGGGGAGGAGGCAGAGGGCUCUGUGUGUUGCCCUUGUCUGCAGGCACCAUGGGGAACCGCGGCCAAUGGGAGCUUCAGGGGAGAUACCUGGAGGCGCACACGGAGCCUUCUGCCCCCCCGCCCCCAGGGGCCGCAGCGCUUCCUGGAGUGGCGCGGGGCUGGGGACAGG